CGGCCUGGGUCCCCUCGGUUUCUCAUUGUCGUCAUUGUCUUCACCGGCUAAUGCUAUUCUGCUCUCGCCGGAAUCGGAAAGGCGCGGGAGGAGGACAAUAUGCGAGUAUACGGGGAACGACUUCGGCGCGGCUUCGCGGCAUUUCAGUUUUCUCGGUCAAUCGCGUAUCAAUCAUCUUUGUCUGCGAAGCGAUCGUUAUCGCUAGACCGGCAUGAACAAUCUCGCGAAGAGUGGCAAUUAAAAUCGCCGCGGGAUCGAAGACAGAUUGCGAUACAUACGAUCGUUCCGUUGCUCCUCCGUCCGGAUCCGCGUUCUCGACGCGCGUCUCGAAUUACCGUCUGCAUUUGGAUUUUUGCAACGUUGUAAGUGUGCCUGAUUAGAGAUGCUGAUAAGUGAGAAAGCGUAUUGUAAAUGUAACUUGUUGAAGUGAUUGUUUUACAAGCGGAUCGAUCAAAAAGUCAUUAUGGGAACUUUAUGUUCGCGGUCUCGACGGAAGGGAAGCGUGGGGCUGUUUUGGAAUUUUAUUACGACAAAUAAAUAAAUUUGUAACUUUAAUAAUGCAAUCUAAUAUAAGCGCGGCACAGCGUUUAAAAAAAUGAUGUUCUCAAAUUUAAAAAAAAAAUAAAUUUAGAAAUAAUAACUAUCGAGUCAUCUACAAUUAUAUAUCUGCAAUAAUUUUAAUAUAAUUUUGUUGACUCUGGGAUAGGCUAAUUAAUAUCUAAACGUUUCAUGAUAUUUGCGUAAACAGAAUUAGAAAGAUGUUUCAGCCUCAUUUGAGGGAACUUUCCAUCUCCAUCGUUUUACUCUAGUCAUCUAGCGCGCUUGUUAUUCCUACAGAAAUUCACGCGAAAGCGAGGCAAUCUGAAAUAAAUAAAUAUAUAUCUUCGUGCAAGAAUACGGAAUGCCGCGUAUCCCAAUUAUCCAGGUGUUAGAAAAGCGAACGCCUCAGAAACCGCUGUAACUGCAGCGGUGUCUCGCGUGAAAAAGGAAAAAAAAAAGCACAGAACGUCGUUCACUCGUCGGAUGGCCAGUGAUGGGGCCCGAUCCCAUCGAUCAUCGUUCGUGGCCGGCAUGAACUGACCUCUCGCCUCCCAUUGUUGUUCAUUGUAUUCCAAGAACGAUCGUAAUCCAAGGGAGAGGGCGGGGGGAGGGGGGAAAGGAGAAAGAACCGCGGCGUAGGUUCGCGGCUGAAGCGAGAGGAAGAAAUCGCGAGAGAUGCGCGAGGAGAGAAAGGGACACGCGCGGAAAUCGCGGGUGAGAAGGAGAGACAAUGUGGCGCCCGUUCUCCAGGUUGACCAAGCCAAGGAGGUAAGAACGGAAUAACGCACAACGGCCACGGGGAACGGAGGAAGAUGCAAAAUGGACCAAGCACCGACGAAGUGGGGAUCUGGAUUAAAAGCAAACGAGGGCAACGUCUCGGCAACAGAGCCAUCUCGGACCUUGAGGAGUCGAGGCCGCCGCCGAGUACUCCAUUUCCGCAUUCGUAACAUCGCUCUGUUGUUAUUGUUGUUGUUGUUGUUGCUGCUGCUGUUGUUGUUGCUGUUGUUGUUAUUGUUAUUGUUGCCACUGCCAUUCGGUUGUCAUACGUCGGCGCACGUUGCGCACAGUUCCUGCUAACGGAUCUCCGGAAACGACGACGAGCGGCGGCACGCGGGCCUCGUUGUUCAUGUAAUUGAAGGCGACUCGGACGACUAUAAUAAAAUUGACACGAUGAUGACGAGAGGAGCGCUAUGUUUGCUUCUGGCGAUUUUGACGUCGGGAGGUUCGCUGGGUAGCACGAGGUACUUCGUGAAAAUGCGAACGAACGCGUCCGAUAUGUUCAGAACGAAGGCGGACAAUUUCAGGGUUCUUCAAGAUCCGAUAGCGAUCACACCGAAUCCUCUGUACGAUAACGCAGGUGGGAAUGAGCAUCAACUCGACGACGGGAGAAUGACCAAAGAGAUAUCGAGCGAUCAGUACAAUCGGAGAAAUUCCUUCGUCGAAUCUUCGACUUUCAAUCCAGACGUGCUCAACAAGUUCCUCGAGAAUUACGCGAACAAAGUUAAGAGCACCACCGAGAGAAAUUUCAAGUAUCCCUUCAGAAUUGUGAAACCACCCGCGGAGCCGCUCGUUCUCGAAAUCGACAGCGAGACUACCGAAACCUCGACGGUCCAUGAACAGGACGAAAGAUUUGAUCAGAUCUCAAAUGCUACUUCAACGGAUGACGCGUUAAGCGAGGCGUUAAACGAUACCUUGAAGAGAAACAAGUAUUACGGUACAAACACUUAUGAAGACAGAAACGGCUGGGUGACGUUAGAAGCAAUUCCAUGGUCUAAGAGCAAAAUUUCCAAGUGGCAGGCCAAUCCCAGCACGCAACGACCUUGGCCGGAGAUAAAGCCAGCAUGGGAUAAACCGAGCAUGAAACCAUGGACCAGCGAUUUUACCAUCAGACCCACUUAUGAAAACAACAAACCGUGGUACGAUAAGCCAAAACCCAAUUGGUCCGACAACAAUGAGAAGCCGUGGCAGAAGCCAGUUUCACGUCCUCCCUAUCGUCCCGACGAUGUGUCUAAUCAGGCGCAGAAGUGGCCGCCAGAGAGACCGUCCUGGAACAAGUACGAUCUUCAUCGUCCCGAUAGCGAUAUCAUCACGGACGACAGACCGGCCAACUUCCCCAGCACAUGGUCCAGACCGCACACCUCUUCGUAUCAGUUUAUCGACAGAUAUUCGGAGAAGGACCAAUCGGGGGAUGGUAGUAACUGGCACGAUUUCCCGUCUAGAUAUGAUCAGGAUCGACCUCGGCCAACUCUGAUUACCGAGAGACCGAAUUUCUCACAUUAUCAGUACGUGGACAAUCAUCCCCCUAGCCAUCCGGCGAGUGGCGAUGGCCAGUGGAUCCUCCUAUCGACCAAUCGAGGAUAUUCCAAAUCGAGGCAGAGAUCAAUCAAGUUUGAUACGAUAAACUCAGCUGAGCCAUUCGAAAGGAUCAAUAAAUCCGCGGCAACUCGCGGAAACGGGAACAGGCAGGAUGGAAAACCUCCGGCGGGAGCCGUGAUGACAUCGAAACGCCAGGUCAGAUUGACGGUGUUGCCAUCGAUCAACGGCACGAACACGACGACGUCCCACGGAGGUCUUCUGGAAGUCGAGAAGACAUUCAAGACCGUCGACCAGAGCCGCAAGGAGUACGAAAUGGAGAAGCUGACGACCGGACCGAACAAAAGACCGAACAGACACACAACUCUGACCUCGCAACCGUCGAGUUCGGCCGUUCUAGCAGCCGUCGGAGCAGGUAUGCUGCCAGCAACGAUGGCGAUGGUGAUACCGAUGAUGCUGGGUCGUCGAAAGAGAGAUCUGAGACUGAUGGAGCACACUCUGAACAACGAUCUCAAAUUGGAUCUACCUAAGCUCGUGAGGGAAUAUAACGUUCAACUAAGGAGACCAAUAGGGCCUUAAAAAUUAAGAUAGCAGAAUUCGUUUCAAGAACACAUUAGGAUAACGAAAGGCAAAAGGAACGCAACGCACGAUGCGUGCGAAUUAUGUUUGGGACGCAGGACAAAAUAUUGAGGAAAAGAUUUCCAAAACGGAUAUAAUUUAUCCGAAAUUUCUUUUGCGUCGACUAUCUGACUAUUUCGCGUCAUUAAAUUGACCGAACAAACGAUACAUAAUCGAUCGCAUAAUAUUAUUUAAAAAAUUAUACUCAUAUUUUUAUGCAGAGAGUGUUUCCCAAGUUUAGCAAAAAUCAUUUUAAUUGCAAAGGUCGGUAAAGAUAAAAUUUAAAUUUUGAUUGCAUUUUGAAAUCAAACGACGCAUUUCAUAAAUUAUUUUUCAAAACAUUACAUUACAUUAAUCAAUAAGACUAUAGCCAGCGCAUUAAUACUGAAUAUGUUUCCGAAUAAUCAAUAUUCUAUUCGUACAAGCGAGUGCAUAAGAUAAUGAUCGAUUUACAAGAGACAACUACCUGUUGCUCCGGUAGUCAAACAACGUAAAGCACGAAAAUAGGGAUAAAAACUUUGUUAGAAUUACGCUGAAAAAGUUUUCUUUAUUCAGAUUACCGCAUUCAAAUUGUUCUUGGCACAGUGUGCAUCAAUUACGUAAAAAAGAAACGUAAUAUAUCCCGACUCUUCUCGUCAUCCGUAAAUUUUACUUUUGACCAAAUAUUGUCAACAAAUGUAAAUUUUUGAUUUGUUUGCCACAAUACGCGAUAAACAUCUUAUUCGUAGCUACAUCGUCUAUAAAUUGUCGAAUUCAUUCAUUUAUAAUCCAACGGUUUAAGCAUUAGAUUGCCCGGUUUUUCUCACGGAUACGACUCAAAAUAAUCGCGGCAACCCUCAGCUUCAGAGAUCAAUGUUUCACGCUUUGACGCAAGAGAAACACAAAAGCGUUCACAUUCUCCAAUAUUUAUUUACAUAUCAGGGUAUUACAUAGAGAGUUUGCAUACUUAUCUAUUUAUUUAUUUAUUCGUUCAAUUCGUUUUAUUUAUUUAGUUAUAUAGCGUACUACUUUACAGUAUAAGCUGCCCAAUAAUAUUGGCUCCACCAUAUGUCUUUGCUCGCCCUCCAGCGAGAGGGUAAGAGAGCAGCGUGCACAUACCAACCAAACAAUUGUAGAGAGAGAUUAAAAAGCGACUUUUAAUAAAGAUCCAAUCAAUCCUGUGUGUGUGUGGAAGAGAGAAAGAAAGAGAGAGAGAGAAAGAGAGAGAGGGAGAGAGAGAGAGAGAAUAAAUCUCUCGAAACCCCUCACCAAUCGCACGGUUAUUUCGAUUGUCUAUUAUACUUUCGAUAAAGUAUCCC